AUGACGAUGGCAGCGACCAAGAGGAAUGCUGCUGGUUUGACUUCAGCGGUGCCCAGGGCUACCCUCAACGAUGAAGAGCUGAAAAUGCAUGUUUACAAAAAAACACUCCAAGCGCUGAUCUAUCCCAUCUCCUCAACGACUCCGCACAAUUUCAUGUUGUGGACCGCCACUUCGCCCACAUACUGUUAUGAGUGUGAGGGUCUCUUGUGGGGCAUUGCGCGUCAGGGUGUCAGGUGUACGGAAUGCGGUGUUAAAUGUCACGAGAAGUGCAAAGACUUGCUCAAUGCUGACUGUUUGCAGAGAGCAGCAGAAAAAAGCUCAAAACAUGGCGCAGAAGACAAAGCCAACAGUAUUAUAACCGCAAUGAAGGAAAGGAUGAAACAAAGAGAAAGGGAAAAACCAGAAAUUUUUGAACUGAUUAGAACAACGUUCACGAUGGAUCCGGACACGCACAUAGACUCGCUUGCCCAAGCCGAGGACAUUGUGCUUGAGGGGACCUCCAAAUGGUCUUGCAAGAUAGCCAUUACAGGUCAGGCCUACCUUGCCUGCACACGAAAAACCACCUCUAACAGCUUCAUCUGUGCUCAAGGCCUAAUCGCCAAGGACAAGAGUGGGACCUCAGACCCUUACGUUACUGUUCAAGUUGGUAAGGUGAAGAAGAGAACGCGCACCAUGCCUCAAGAACUUAACCCUGUUUGGAAUGAAAAAUUUUAUUUUGAAUGCCACAAUUCUUCAGACAGAAUAAAAGUGAGAGUUUGGGAUGAAGAUAAUGAUCUGAAAUCUAAGUUAAGACAAAAAUUAACUCGGGAAUCAGAUGAUUUCUUGGGUCAGACAAUAAUUGAGGUAAGAACACUGUCCGGAGAAAUGGAAGUGUGGUAUAACUUAGAGAAAAGGACAGACAAAUCAGCUGUUUCUGGUGCUAUAAGGUUACAUAUCAGUGUAGAAAUAAAAGGAGAAGAAAAGGUGGCGCCUUAUCAUGUCCAAUACACGUGCCUUCAUGAAAAUUUGUUCCAUUCCUUGUGUGAGCACAACGGUGGAAUGGUAGUCUUACCUCAGGUCAAAGGAGACGAUGCCUGGAAAAUUUAUUUUGAGCCACCCGGUCAAGAAAUAGUUGAGGAAUUUGCCAUGAGAUAUGGGAUUGAAAGCAUCUACCAAGCCAUGACACACUUUCAUUGCCUUUCUACUAAGUACCUGUGCCCUGGAGUACCUGCUGUGAUGAGCACACUCCUGGCCAACAUAAAUGCUUAUUAUGCACAUACGACAGCCUCAUCUGCUGUAUCAGCAAGUGAUAGGUUCGCUGCGUCUAAUUUCGGAAAAGAAAAGUUCGUCAAGCUUUUAGACCAGCUUCACAACUCUCUUAGGAUAGAUCUUUCGAUGUAUCGGAACAAUUUCCCCGCGUCAAGUCAGGAAAAACUUAUGGACCUCAAAUCGACAGUAGACCUUCUGACAAGUAUAACAUUUUUCAGGAUGAAGGUUCAAGAACUCUCCAGCCCACCCAGAGCCAGCACUGUUGUGAAGGAGUGUGUAAAGGCGUGCCUUAGGUCAACGUACCAAUUUUUGUUUGAAAACUGUUAUGAGCUUUAUAAUAGAGAGUUUCAGGUCGAUCCAAAUGAAGCAAAGAGAGAUUCGGAAGAUAAUGGUCCACGGUUAGACAGCCUCGACUUUUGGCACAAAAUAAUAGCUCUUAUUGUAUCUGUGAUAGAAGAGGACAAAAAUAGUUAUGUCCCUGUACUUAACCAAUUCCCCCAAGAGCUCAACAUAGGACAGUUGUCAGCUGCAACAAUGUGGAAUCAGUUUGCUGUUGAUAUGAAAUAUGCGCUGGAAGAACACGAAACGCAUCGUCUGUGUAAAUCAUCAGCUUACAUGAAUCUUCACUUUAAGGUGAAAUGGCUGUAUACCAACUAUGUAAAAGACGUGCCUGCUUAUAAGGGCUCAGUUCCGGAAUAUCCAGCUUGGUUUGAACCAUUUGUGAUGCAGUGGCUCAACGAGAAUGAUGACGUUUCCCUUGAAUAUCUCCAUGGUGCCUUUAAUAGGGAUAAGAAAGAUGGGUUCCAAAGAAGUUCAGAACAUGCUCUUUUCUCAUGUUCGGUGGUCGAUGUUUUUACCCAACUUACGCAAUGUUUUGAUGUUGUAUCAAAGCUUGAAUGCCCAGAUCCUGAAAUAUGGAAGAGAUACAUGAAAAGAUUUGCUAAAACCAUAGUUAAAGUUCUCAUAGCUUAUGCUGAUAUAGUCAAAAAAGAAUUUCCAAGUCAGCUGAAAGAAGAACGAAUAGCAUGUAUUUUAAUGAACAAUAUCCAACAAUUGAGAGUACAACUAGAGAAGAUGUUUGAGUCCAUGGGAGGAUCGAAGCUUGAACAGGAUGCAGCGAAUAUACUUAAUGAAUUACAGCAAAGUCUAAAUGGUUCUCUUGAUGAGCUGGCACACCUCUUUGCCAACAGCUUGGAGCCUCGUAUAACAGUGAGUGUGAAAGAGCUUGGAGAUCUAUUGCUUGCAAUAAAAGGAGGAGGAAACCAAACGCAGAGGAACACAGUCGCUGCUGAGGCUGAUGAGGUCCUCAGACCUUUGAUGGACCUCCUGGAUGGUUCCCUGUCAUUGUAUGCACAAUCAUGUGAAAAGACUGUUCUUAAGAGGUUGCUGAAAGAGCUGUGGAAAAUCGUAAUGAGGAUAUUAGAGAAAACAGUCGUCCUUCCUCCUAUGACUGACAAGAGUAUGAUUCUCAAGAAUCUUACUGACAAUGCUAAAAACUUAGCUGCUAAUGCAAAAAUCGAAGAUAUGUCAAGACUGAUCAAAAACCAUAUGGCAGGAAAACAAGAUGUCAAAAACGCCUUAAGUGGAGUCAUUGAGGUUGAGAAAAACCUAUCACCAAAGCAGUGCGCUGUUCUGGAAGUUGCUCUGGAUACCAUCAAGCAGUACUUCCAUGCCGGAGGAAAUGGCCUCAAGAAGAACUUCCUUGAAAAGAGCCCUGAGCUGCAAUCACUCCGAUAUGCUCUGUCCCUCUACACACAAACAACGGAUACUCUCAUCAAGACCUUUGUACAAACUCAAACCAAUGAGGUCCCACUUAAUGACAAAAAGACAUUGAGACAACAUUCCGUGUCGAGUGAGAGGGAAGAUGGAUCGAUGGAAGGCCUGGAGGAACCGCUGAGGGCGAAGAAGAGACGAGAGUCCUCCCAAGUUGUUGCUGCUAAUGACUUGAAGUGGCCAACAGCAACUGGAAUGUUCCGACCGUUCGUAGAGGUCAAUCUUAUCGGUCCUCACCUAGCGGACAAAAAGAGGAAACAAGCUACAAAAUCAAAAUCAAACAAUUGGUCACCCAAGUUCAAUGAGACUUUCCACUUCAUUAUUGGAAAUGAAGAGCAGUUAGAAUACUUCGAGCUUCAUAUCUGUGUGAAAGAUUAUUGCUUUGCCCGAGACGAUCGAUUGGUUGGAGUUGCGGUAAUGCAGCUUAAAGAUAUUGUUGGGCAGGGCGGCUCUUGUGCAUGCUGGCUUUCAUUGGGUAAGAGAAUUCAAAUGGACGAGACCGGCUGGACUAUAUUGAGGAUAUUAUCACAAAGGUCUAAUGACGAAGUUGCUAAGGAAUUUGUCAAACUCAAAUCUGACAUCAGACCAGAGAAUCCACUCGCCUCGUGAGGCUUUCUCACGUCUCCAAUAACACAUUUCUUCAUCAACUUUUUCGUUUUUAAUUAUUCUCUUUUAUAUAGUGUACAUAAGCAUCGUUUUCUUCUUAUUUUUUAAAUUAUUUCAUUGCAUUAAUUGUUUUAUUACAGUAGACUCGAUAAUUUGCUGCAGUUUAAUAUGAAUUAUCUUCUUUAUUGAACUUUAAGGUACUUUUGAUUGUAAUGGAAUUGCAAUUUUCUAAUAUUGAUACAUUUUUCUAUAGGCUAUAUAUUAAAACCAAUAAGGGUUAAUAAUAAGUAAUUACUAAUGUAAUAAAUGAAUUUUAUUUGAAGUAUCCUUUAAAUUGAUAUAAGUUGCUAUAAAAGAUACAUACAUCUGUGUAUGUACAUACAAUGUAGCUUCAAAUUUAUUUUAAUCCAUUAAAAAAAUAUUUAUAAUUUAAUGAGAAAAUGGUACCCAAAGUAUAUUAUUCAUGUAUAUAUUACAUGAUUUUUAUUAUUAAAGAAAUUAGCAAAUUAUAAGGAGGCUACUGUAAUUAUAUUUCCUCACCAUAUUUGUUUGAAUAUCAUUUGUUGUUAAAUCUCAGGUAAUGAUGCUCAAAUAAUUUCCUGUGCCAAUGAAAUUUAGUAAAAAAAAAAAAUAUUGUAAUUAUAUAUAUAAUACAUAUUUUGUUUUUAAAACGCACAUUGAUAUGUUUUAUAAUUUUUCAUGUUUAGACAUUAUUAGAAUUGACUCUAGGGGCUCAUGAUGAAAUGUGUUUUGGCGAAAAAAAAAAAGAAGAUAAAUAUAACGCACAUUAACACUGAUAGUGAUCUCAUGCCUUAAUGAAAUGCUGUUACCCUUAAAAUGGGAUAGAGGCCUUUUGGAAAUCAUAAUCAGUGUUAAUCUACAGAUUAAAAAAUUUAAUGUAUAUUUCUUACUGCAUUAUAUUAUUAUAAUUGUUUAAGAUUGUAAAUUAUGUGAUUAUUGUUACCAGCUCGUAUCAUAUCUUGUAAAUAAUUUGCUUAUUGAUUAAAUAAAUAAUUACUGACCAUUUGAAUGCCUGAUAAUGCUACCAAAUUAACACUGGUAUUGUUAUAUAUAUAUAUAUAUAAAUAUGUAUAUGUGCGCAUGGUGUAUAUUUCGUGUGACAGGUUUUGAAUUUUUUAUACUUUUGUUGUAACUUUUUUUUUCGUUUAUCCAAUCGUCAAGUAUAGAGUUUUUCUCUAAAAAAAGUAAAUUCUUUUUUGAGUGUUAAUGCAAUAUUAACAUAUGUUCCAAGUGUAUAUAAUACAGUAUAUAAAUACAAAUAAGGAAAAACUGAAUUUAUAUUUUUUUAUUAAUAUCUUAUUGGAGAAUCCAUUUAGAAAAGAAAAAAAUAAUUCAACAUUUAAAAGUAUAUAAAUUUUAAAUAUGUUUCGUGUAAGUACAAUAUUAACGAUAUGGUUGGUUUGUGGAUGUUUGUGCUCUUUUUUGACAAAAUGGUUGUGGUGAAUAGUUUAUGAGUAUGGUUUUUGAAGUUAAGACUAAAUGGGAAUUGAAUUAUCAUACAUUUUUAUUUUAUUUUUUUUUUUUUUAAUUUACUUUGUGAACAGGGAUCGAUUGUUAUGUGAAAUAAAUCAUGAUGUAAUAUUAUGGUUUUCUAAUUUAUAUCCGAUAAGAUAGUUUUAAAAAAAUUGUGAUGCAAUUUUUUUUUUUGGAAAGUUUAACAAAACAAUUAAGAGGGAUGAUUAGUUGAUAACUUCUAAUGAUAGAAAAACAUAUUUCUUAUAUUUAAUUUUUAAUAGUAAAAGUAUUUAUGUUAUGUUUGUUUUUCCCAACAGAAAUUAUUAUAAAUUGAUUGACAUCUUUUCAUUUUACAUGGAUUUUAUUUUACUGAAAAAAUAAAUAAACGGCCUUUGGCUCAGAGAUUAGGAUUAAUUCUUGACCAAGCAUAAACUACUCUACUAGAAGUAACAGAUCUUGGGAUAAAGUGAGCUUUGAGAUAAAAUUAACCAGAACUAUUUUGCUCUAAGGUUAAAUAGGGUCUGUUAACACAUUCUUUUAAAGCAGCAUACUAGUCAUGUUUUCUUGUAAGUAGGGUUAGGUUUGGAUUCAAUCCAAUACUCCAUCAGUCUUUGAUCCAACAGCUGAUCUUAAAUGUAUUAUUAUCAGAACUGCUGGAAAGUACCAUUCUAGUCUAACAUGUCCCUUGAUUUAUUCAACUAAAAUUUAUAGUCUACUUAUUUUUAAAUUGAAAGUUGAUUUGUCCAUGUCUACUUUAUACUUUCAAUUAUACCAAAACUACUCCCAUGAUUAUAAAUAUAACUAAUUUUAUAUCAACUCCUACUCAUCCUCUAUUUUCAAAAAUUAUUUGAAAUUGAAAAGUUCCAAUUCUUCCUCUGAAACAGUUCUGUUAAGAAUAUACUUCAUAAACUCUUUCACUCCAGUUAUGGUUGCUACCAAAAUGAGUAACCGACUAUUUCAAAUUUAUCAAACAAAGCUUGGCUUUGAUGUUUGUUCUAAGUAACUUAUUUAUACCUCUUUAACAUAAUAUUUUUGUAUUUUAUUAUACCUAUAAAUAUAUACAUAUACGUCAAUUUACAUAUAUUAGCUUACGAUAACAGCUGCUUAUAAAAAAAUAUCUUUAGAAAUAUUAACCAUUUGACCUAGAAUAAGAAUAUUGAGAGAAAAAGAAAGACAAUAAUCUGAAUAAUAAUUAUUCCUAGAUUAUUAUUAUCCAAGCAUCUAAUUUGAUUAGAAGAGUUUUUAUAAUAAUUAAAUUAAACUAAAUUACAUUCAGGCUUGGUGACUGCGGUGGGCACAUCUGAUACUUGAUAUUGAAUUAAUAGUUUCUCCAAUCUCAGGGGCAAUAUAAGUACAGUUGGCUCUGCUUAUAAUAAUUGGGGUGAUCCCUUUUA